CUAAAUCUAAAACCCAGUCAGUUGGCAGUAAGCGCGGCAAGCCGCGUGCGCCUUUUGUUGAAUCAGAAAAAAAAACAAAAGUAAUUUUACGCGCGAACGUAUAGUUACUCUGUGACGCUGUCAGUGCAUGAUUUUUUAAAUUGGUGAUCCCGCCAUUGGAGAAAUUAGGUUCUUUACAGUGCAGUGAUUGGCUUAUUGAUUGAAUUUAUUGUGAAUAUUUUCUUUUGGUUUGGUUUGCUGCCAUCGAAGGAUAACUAAGGCUAGCAACAAAAAGGGCAUGCAUUUAAAUUAAAAACAAACAUAUUUUUUUAUAAAAAGAAAGAAAGCAAACAAAAUGGCGCCCCAAGAAAGAACAACACCCUGCGCGCCAGAAGACGAUUCCCGCCCAAACUCGACCAUAGACCACAACCUGUCAAACAUCGCUCUCGGAGAAGGAUUCGUCAACAAAGCGUUUGUAAACGAAAACGACAGUCCAGAAAUCCCGCCGAAACAACACACUGGCGGGAAAGAAGAAAAAAAUAACAGUCAAAAAAAGAACACAGAUUUCGACGAUUUAUUGCCAUACGUUGGAGAAUUUGGACUUUACCAGAAAAUUUUGUUCCUACUGAUGAUACCUUUUGCAUUUUUUGUGGCGUUCGUGUAUUUUUCACAAAUAUUCAUGACUCUUGUACCGGAGCAGCACUGGUGCUGGGUGCCCGAGCUGGCCAACCUCACUGUGGAGGCAAGACGAGCCCUAGCCAUCCCGCCGCUCUCCUCCGGCCCGUACAGCCACGACCGCUGUCGCAUGUACUCAGCGGACUGGGCCGCGGCGCUGGCGGCCGGGCGGACCACGCCUGACGACGAGUGGGCCGUCGUCCCCUGCACUAGCGGCUGGGAGUACAACCGGACUGACGUGCCGUAUAGCACCAUCGCUUCUGAGGUGGGUGAAGUUACCCCGUGUCCCACGCGAACAUAUAGGUAUGCGAAGCAUAUAAGGAAGAGGGUGUCCCACGCGAACAUAUAGGUAUGCGAAGCAUAUAAGGAAGAGGGUGUCCCACGCUCUAUAUAGGUAUGCUGCACAUAUAAGUGCGAGGGUGUCCCACGCUCUAUAUAAGGGCGCUAAGGAAUAGGCUUCCUCCCCGUGCUGGUGUCUCUCGACGCCGCAUGUACUCAGCGGACUGGGCCGCGGCGCUGGCGGCCGGGCGGACCACGCCUGACGACGAGUGGGCCGUCGUCCCCUGCACUAGCGGCUGGGAGUACAACCGGACUGACGUGCCGUAUAGCACCAUCGCUUCUGAGGUGGGUGAAGUUACCCCGUGUCCCACGCGAACAUAUAGGUAUGCGAAGCAUAUAAGGAAGAGGGUGUCCCACGCGAACAUAUAGGUAUGCGAAGCAUAUAAGGAAGAGGGUGUCCCACGCUCU